AUGGCAGACGGUGCUGGUUGGAGUACUAUUGAAUCGGACGAGGGCGUCUUCACAUCCUUAAUAGAGAAUCUGGGGGUAAAGAAUGUUCAAUUUGAAGAACUCAUUUCCCUGGAUGCAGACACAAUACGCUCAUUAAGCCCCGUCUACGGCGUAAUCUUCCUCUUCAAAUGGACGCGCGACUCCAACCAAAACACAACCAACCCCUCCACCCCCCUCGACGGAACCUACGACCCGUCCGCCCCCGAAAACGGCGUCUUCUUCGCCGCCCAAACGAUCCAAAACGCCUGCGGCACGCAAGCCAUCCUCUCCAUCAUCCUGAAUCAAGACUCCGCGGCCUCAACGCCAGUCCCCAUCGAGAUCGGCCCCGAGCUAAGCGGCUUCAAGGACUUCACGGCCGGGUUUCCGGCGGAGUUGCGCGGCGAGGCGCUGUCGAACUCGGAGACGGUGAGGUCGGCGCAUAAUGCGUUUGCGAGGGCGUCGCCGUUUGUCGAUGAGACGGUGCGGGGCGCGGAUGAGGAAGGUGGGGAUGUUUAUCAUUUUAUUGCGUAUACGCCGGUGAAUGGGGUUUUGUAUGAGUUGGAUGGGUUGCAGCCGCACCCGAUUAGUCAUGGGGCGUGUGAUGUGGAUUCGUUCCCGGAGAAGGUUAUUGGGGUUUUGCAGAGGAGGAUUGCGAGGUAUCCUGAGGGAGAGACGAGGUUUAAUCUCAUGGCUGUCGUGAGAGAUAUGAGGGUGCGGGCUAGGGAGACUGGAGAUGUGGAGUUGUUGGAGAGAGAGGCGAGGAAGCGUCGCGCCUGGGCAUGGGAGAACACACUGCGUCGAUCCAACUUUGUUGGUUUCAUCGGGGAGACGUUGAAGGGGGUUGUUGGCAUGAAGGAUGCCCAGGGAGAUGGAGCUUACAACGAAUGGGUGGAAAAGGCAAAGCAGGAGACUCAGAAGAAGCUCCAGAGGCGAGGUUAA